AUGUCCGAAACCAAUCCGCCCAGUAUUAUUAAGGAUUCCUCUAACGAAUUUAAUUCUAAUAAUUCUAAAAUGGUAAAUAUUGUUAAUAACAAUAAUAAUACUAAUAGCAAGUUCCAGUUGACUGUUAGUUCUAUACAAUCAAAUGAAAAUACAACAAGUAACGUUAAUGUGAUAUCAUCUUCAAGUGUAAACCCACAAAAUUUGAUAAAUGACGAACAAUUCAACAGCUCUGAUAAUAGUAAUAAUUCAAACAUGAUGAAUUUAAAGAAUAAUCAUCAAAUUGGUCAAAACAAUAGCAGCAUUGACAAUAAUAUUAUUAUUGUUUCUGAUACCAUUAAUAAUAAUCCAAUCUCAAAUACUGUUGAAACUGCUACUAUGAAUAAUUCACAAAGCAUAAACUUACCAAAAUCAUCUAAUAGUUCAUCACUAGCAAUGAAUCUCAACGAAAUCUCUAGUAAAUCAAAUAAUACGAUAAUCGACUUUCCGCAAACUCAUAUGAAUAUAUCACACAAUCAAACAAACAACAAUUUUCAUGGAAAUUCGACUGUUACAACUUCUGAUACAGCUAUGUCAAUAAACAACAUUAAUUCGCCAAAUAUUUGUCAAAUAAGUACAGGAGAUAAAACUGAAUCCAAUUCGAUCAAUCCAAUAGUUGAACUAAACAAAAAACCGACCGACAAUGAAAUAAAUAAAUUAAGAUUAUCCACACCUUCUUCACAUAUAAAUAUUCAAGAAAAAAUUAGAAAGCCUUCACAACCGCAUAGCAAUCCUUCACCAGCGUCAUUUACUUCCAGUAUGGAAUCCUCAUCCAAUCAUUUACGCAUGUUUCAAAGAAUGGAUGAGAUGGCUGCUAGAAUGAUUACCAUGGAAGAACAAUUCCUUAAAUUGACAAAAGCAUUUAAUAUACAAAAUAAGACUUUACAAAAGUUAGAAACUGUAAUUAACAAUUUUUCAUGUGAACUGGAACAAAGUAGAAUAACUGAACAAAAAAGACAAGAAUAUAGAAAAAAUGAUUAUUUGGAAAUAUCUAAAGAAAGACAAUUCAUUGUUGAUUUAUUAAAAUCAAUUACAAGUGUUUCUUCAUCGUAUCUAUCACAGAAUAAUCAAACCAGAGUACUUGACAAUGGUACUGGUAAUCAUUAUAACAAUAAUAUUAAGAAUAAUAGUGAUGAUCUGGUUACUGCACACAUUAAUAACCUAUCCACAAGUAUAAAUUCCAAUAAUCAAAAUAUAAACACAACCCAUAGUAAGUUUGUAAAUAAUAAUAAUGGUAAAAGUUCUAUAGCAAGCUUGAAUAUGUCAAACUCAGUCCCUGAAUUACACACUCUACAAUCUUCCUAUUUUGUUCCUUUUAAGAAACAUAUUCGUGGAAACAACAAUUUUGUUUUAAACCCAAAUGGAAUCAAAAAACGGAAAAGAUUUCACACAAAUAAUCGAACACAACAAUCAUCAUUAGUAACAAGUAGUAUCCUACCUUUUAAUAGUGACAGUAGGAAUGAACCUCUGUCAACCAAUGAUAGAAUUAUCAACAAUUCGAAUGUAUUAACAGCAUCAUUAAAUGAUAUCCCCAAACUGAAUGCUUCCACUAAUACAAAAGUAGUACCUGCUACCGCGAUCACAAAUGCUAACUCUAAUGGCAGGCAUCUUAAUACAUUGGAUCCACUUAAUAUUAAUCAUUUCAUAUUUCCAUCUUCUGAACCGGUAAAUACCACCCCAAUUUCAACAACACAUCCAAUUAGUUCAUCGAAUAAUAAUGCUACAACAAUCAGAAACAACAAUCAAGUUGCUAUGAUCCCAAAUAAUGAAUAUAUUAAUCAAGAAUCAACAAAAAUAUCACCUUCUAAUAAUAUGAAUGAUGAUAACGCUAGUCAUACUAAUACAGAAACGAAAUACAAUUUAAAACACACAAAUCCAAGCACCAAUUCGGGAAAUAAAGUUUCUAAUGUUGAAGUUUUAGAGGACGAAGAUGGAUAUCAAGAAGAUGAUGAUGAAGAAGAGAAAGAAGAAGAGUAUAAUGAUGAUCAUCACAGUAUUAAUGGCUCGAAAGACGCCGAAUCUGUUAUCCAUGUAGACGAUGAUGAAGAAGAGGAAUAUGAUGAAGAGGAAGAAGAACAUUGCAUCAAACAAAUAAAUGAAAGUUGCAAUGAGUCAAUUGAAGACGAGGAAGAGGAUAAUGAGGACAUAGUAGACGAAGAAAAUAAUGUGGCUCAAAUGUAUAUAAAUGAUGAUAGGAAAAAGAUUACAACUAAAGGAGUGAAAAAAUCUAGAAACAAAUCCUUGAAAAAAGUUAAAACGAAAAAUAAUGAAAAAACAGAGAAAACUGUUGAAGAAAUCUCAACACCCGAAGUCAAUAAUGAUCUAAAUUAUAAGAUCCUAAAGGCACCUAACACAGUAAGAACUAUUUGGGAGGAAUAUGUUCAUGGAAUUAAUGGGAAUCCAUCAAUUCGAGGUUUAGAGGAAAAGUAUGGCAAUAAAUGGAGGCUAACAAAAAACCGAAAAACUUUCUCUCGUCGCAAGCGUUUAUAUAAAUAUAUUUUGAAUGGGAUUGAUAACGGAAAGACAGCUGAUGAGAUGAUAAAAAUAUUAGAAGAACGACGAUUAUAUAGAGAUGAAAAUGGAGAGGUUAAGAGACGCACCAUUGGUUGGUUGCAGCAAUCUCUAACCGGUAUUUAA